AUGUGGAAUCUCUCGCAGGAUAUGGUGGAGGAGAUACUCUCUAGGGUUCCAAUAAAUUAUUUAGGAGCGGUGAGAUGUACCUGCAAAGGAUGGAAUGGUUUAACCAAAGAUGAGAGCUUUCCAAAGAAGCACUGUGGUAAAGCAGCCAAAGGGCAUCUCAGAAUCAUGAUUUAUGAGUCUAAGGCUUGUUUAAUGAGCGUCAAUCUCCACAACAAGAAAGGCUUGGUUGAUCCAUCUGCAAUGAUUAUAGGUAACUUCCUUAAUCAACUCAAGAUAAUCAAAGUCUUUCAAUAUGACGGCUUAUUGUUAUGCUUCACCAAGAACCUCGAGCUAGUGGUGUGGAACCCUUAUUUGGGGCGAGCCAGAUGGAUCCAACCAAGAAGAGAAUUCACCGUGAUAGAUACUUACCGUAUUGGAUAUGACAAGAGCAACAAGAACUAUAAAAUCUUGAGGUUAUGGAUUUGUUACGAUGGUGACGACAACUUAACUUCAGAGUACGAAAUCUACAACUUGAAGUCUAAUUCAUGGAGAGUUAUUGACGCCAAUUUCGAUCAUUGGUGUAUAACAUAA